AUGAUUCUAUUUCUAUUAUUUCUAUUAUUUCUAUCCAAUUUCUCUUUUGUUUUCUCCGAAGAACAAUGCUUUCCGAACAUUUGGGCUUACCGAGAUACUCAAUCAUUGCUCCCGUCCAUUCAUCCGUUUUGCCUUUUGAAACAAACUAGCGAAAUUCUGGAAACGGUGAAUGUAAUCGAAACGGCUGAAGAAAUGGAGGCUUUCAUUCAGCUGAAUCAUCUCGAGAAUGAAAGAAAUGAGGAUUAUAAGAUCGAUUACAAAGGGAUUUUACGAUACUCGGACGGUGCGCCUUUCCUCGUCCCAUUAAAGACUUUCUCACCGAAAUGUGUUGGAGAGGUUACUGUAGAAAUCUCAAAGAACAUCGCCACAUCUUGCUUGAUUCCGUGGCUCAAUUUCAAUCAAUCCUAUUGUACAGAGAACGCUUUGAUCAAUGCUCGACGAAUCUUUGAUCAGAAUCUGACUUUUGGACAGGAUACGCUUUUAAAUCAGAGUACUCUGAUCAUGUCCUUUGAAAAUUUACUGGAGCCAACAUGGAAUGCAAGAGAGAAUCUUUGUGAAAACGUUUUGACAAAGAGCGUUCUCCAAGUUGAACUCAAUCGAAAAAAUGAAAUCAUUUCGGCGACACUGAAAUCAUUGAGAUAUGCAAAAGUGAAUGAUGAGAAUUAUGAGUCGAUUUCGAUCUCUUUUGAAGUGAAUUUUGUGAAAACUCUUUUCCCAAUUCAAACAAUUCAACCAACAAAUGAUGAGUUUUCUGAUGGGGAAAUGCUUUGGAGCAAGAAUGAGCAUGGAGACACUGUCCCUUGGAUACUGUACGAUGUGAGUGGAUGUUAUCACUCAACAGAGCGAGUCGUCAAUUUCAAAAGAGAAUUGUCCGUCGGAUGUGAGAUUCGAGAAUCCUCUUGUGAAAUGCUUGAACAAAUCACCUCUUCACUCCUUCAAACUCUUCCCUCCAAUCUCCUUAUUUCUCCAAAAUCCACAGAAAGUAUUCCAGUGAUUCGACGAAAUCAAACUGUCGAAAUCAAUACGGGUGGCUCUGAUUUUCGUUGUUUCCUUCCCUCGAUCAUCUCUGUUGAUGUAGCGUAUGCGAAAGUUGGAACAAAAGAAAACAACUCUAUAAAGAUCGUGGGAGCCUAUGUGAAUGUGCAAACAAUGCAAAUCGAUCUCGAAACAACUCCAAAAUUCUUUGUCAUUCGACGAGUCAACUUUCGAGAUGUCACAAAACCAGCCUCCUACCAUUUCGCGGCGAUCCCGAAAAUCGAUCUCCGUCUUCCUUCCGAUUUCUUCUAUCCAUUGAUUCGAAACUCGGAAAAUGGUCGACGAAUCUCAUUCUUUAUCAUUAAUCGAAAUCUCAAGAAAAAGUAUUUGAAAGGACAUCAGUUUGGGCUAAACAACAUCGAAGGAUCAAAAAAACAACGUUGCUAUGGACGCUUGGCUGCCACAAGUCAGUUAUCCGUGUGG